AUGAAGAAAGCUGCCAUCAAUCUUUUGGCCCUUGGCUCGACGGCUUCUGCUUACACUAGCUCAUCUGCUGGUUCAAAGAGUGGUUGCUAUUGGAACACUGACGCUGGACCGUUCAACACUCGCUUUGGUCAUGACUUCCUUCAAGAUCUUUAUGGAACAGUUCAGGAUCUGAUUCCCAACACCUAUACUGUGAAUCAAGGCUUGAACCCUCUUGCUCGUCGCUUUGAUCUUGUCAACAUUGGCCUCGAUCCUACUGAUCUUGCCUUGACCCUUACUGUCCCUGGCGGACAGACCACGGGCACCACCCACGGCUUCAUCUUCUAUGCCAACGACACCCAAGAGGUCGACUUUGCAUUCUUGACCUCCGAUAUCUCCAAGGCCUGGCUUACUAACGAGCAAACCGGCUAUGGCUCUCCUUACUCGACUUACAGUGUUGCUGCACCUGCCGACGCCAACUCUGCAUGGCAUGAGUAUAGACUUGACUGGCUGCCUGGUGUCAGCAAGUUCUACAUUGAUGGAGUUUUGGUGCAGACCAUCACAGACAAUGUGCCAAGCACACCUGGAUCCUGGAUCUGGAACAACUGGUCGAACGGAAAUGCUUGGGCCCAGGGACCACCUCUAUCUGACAGUGUGUUGAAGAUUCGCAGCAUUGAUGCAUACUUCAACCGUACUUCUGUCGCAGACAGUAUCAACUCGGGUGCCACCACCUGCCCUGCUGUUGUCUCAUCAUCGUCAUCGUCGUCCAGCGUUGCUCCUACCUCAUCAUCGGUUUCAUCGAGCUCCUCAAGUGUGGUUUCAUCAUCUUCGUUGAGUGUCGCUCUCUCCUCGAUUCUUACUCCUCCCUCGAGCUCGGCCUCGUCAGCAUCGUCCUCAUCGUCUGCUUCGACCGUAUCGUCUUCCAAGACAUCCUCCUCUUCGGUUUCAUCGACUACCUCAAUUUCGUCUUCGAUUUCGAGCUCAUCGUCAUCGUCAUCCUCAUCAUCUGCUUCGGUCAGCUCGUCUUCGACCAAGGUAUCCUCCUCUUCUAUCGCAUCGACUACUUCGACCUCGUCAACAUCCUCUGUCGCUGCCGUCAACACCGCUCCAGCAACCGUUUCCUUCACUACCGUGACCACUGCUUGGACUGGCACAUACACCACGACAACAACUGCAGUUUCCGGUCUUGUGGCCACGGUAUACGUGCAAACCCCAGCCGCAAAAGGACAGGUCAUUAGCACCUCCUCUUCAGCCAAAGCCUCCUACACCACUGUCACUACACACUCUGGUACAGCUACUUCGAUUGGCUACAUCACUUCCACCCCCAAAGCUGCCGGCGCAACGACUACUGUGACUAUCGUUUAUCCCACUCCUGUCACCAGCUGCGGCAAUCAAGGUAUCAACUUUGCAGCCUAUGCCAACAAGUACUCUGGCGGCCAAGCUACUUAUGGCUACCCCUCCUUCAUCCCCGAAACCUACAAGAAAGUGUCUCCCUACUUCUCCGACGAUACAACCUACAUCGCCGAAUCCAACGAUGCUUACGGAAACUACAUUAACGUCUAUGGCUAUUACCCUGUUGAUGGCUCUAACCUUGUGCUCGACCACACAUUCUAUCUCUUUGCUUCCCAAACCGGAUACUACAGCUUGAACAUCCCUUACACUGAUGACAUCCAGUUUGUGUGGAUUGGCAACAAUGCAGUCAGUGGAUGGACAAGAGCGAAUGCCGACAUCACACAAUUCUGGAGUAGUCAGAUUGCUACACAGACGCCGCAGACUUUGGCAUACUAUCUCACUGUGGGCACAUAUCUUCCUGACGACAACAGUACGCGUGAUGUGGGCCAACGGGGAGGCCAGGGAGACCUCAGAUUCAAUGUCUAUGCUCCAGAUGGUAGUUCCGUGCUUUCGAGCAAUGCGGGACAGAAUUCUGGAGUCAGCAGUGUGGAUAUUGUGCAGUAUCCUUGCAACAGCGCUAUCGGUAAGCAGUUCCCUGUCUGGGGCAAGGAAACUUAA